UCGGUCACUCUGUCUCUGUCUGUCUCUUCGGCGUUCGGUCGGUGUUUGGUGUUAUAUGCUGUUGCAUUUGCCGCCAUCGAAAAUACGAAAGAGUUGCAUUUUUUCUUAAAUUUCUGCAGCAUCAGCAACUACUAUGAGUAACACCGCUUUGUCUGAAAAUGAAGAUGAUCCUGAGGUUUAUGAAAGCUCGGGUGAUGAAUGGGAUAGUGUGGAAGAGAAGAAACCAAACAGACGCUCUUCCAAAAGACUUAGCAAAAGGCUUAGCAAAAAGCCUAGAAAAACUGUAGUGGAAACAACUAGUAGUGAGGAAGAAGCAUCUGAUGCAGAAUCUCCUAGUGAUGACUCUGAUGAUGAACCAAGGAAACGAAAAUCUAACAAUGGGGUAAACAGAAAGAAAGUUGUGCAGAAAUCUUCAAAGAAGGACAAAGAUGAAGAAGAUGAGGGUACUUCAGAUGCUAAAAGUAGCCCAAAGGAGAAGACCAAUAAAACCUCCAAUUCAGAUAAUAAAACUACAGCUUCUGUACCAAUUUCCAAAGGAAUCCAUAGGAAAUUUAUACCAAAAACUAUCUACUCUGAAGACUAUGCAACUGGUUCAUUUGUUAUUCUGAAAAAAGAUGCCCAAGCUGGUGACCCUGCAAAACAUCCAUCCAUCUGGAGAAUUGAUGGGAAAGCUCUUUUGCAAAAGUAUGAAGCUUUUGAUGAUGACAGCAAAGUGAGACAUAAGAAUACCUCCAUUUAUACUGGUUGGUCCCCAAUGGAUAAAGAUCUGUAUGCCCCUGUGACUGUUGAUGUCAUACAUCACAACAACCAAAACCUAACUGUUGAACUGCAUUGGGAUAAACUAAAAGAAAUCAAUAUUGAUAGUGACUAGAUUUUAUAGGUGAUGUGCACUCCUUAAUCUAAGUAUUUUGUUUGAUGAAAUUUAUACUUAGCAAAAUUUAUUGGGUAUCCCAAAUUUGACCUUCAUACAUAUUCCAUUUAUUUUAUCAUCACACCUAUUAUUUGUUUUUUAGAAAUGUUAUCAUGUAAUUUUUCUUCAACUGUCUAGGGGAAUCUGAGACACCCAAUAUAGUUCUUCAUUUAAAUUUUUUAGGUUAUCCACAUAAAGUAUGAUGCAAAUGUAUGGAAUAAAUUCAUUUCAAAACAAGACGACUUUCAAAAAAAAAACAAAAACUAGAGUUUAUAACUUUUUUUUUCUAGGUAUUUUUUUAACUAACUAGACGACCCUCGAAUGUUCAAUUCUCAGUAGCAGAGAAUUAAAUUAAU